AUGAUGGGUGACCAGCCGGCGGACGUAACGAACUACUACGAGACCAAGUGGGUGCGGCCGAACUGUACUGCCGACGGCUUGCGACCGCUGUUCUGCUCCGACAACGGCACCUGUGACGCCUAUUACGAACGCGUGAAGAACGUGAAGGUGUGGCGUGGUAGUCAUGUGCCAGCCAUCCGACUUGAGGUGCAGAGUUUCUUAUUAGUGAUGUUAGCGAUGACCAGCUGA